AUGACGCAAUGGCCCCAGGAGCCCUGCCCUGAUUUCCAUCAGGAGGCAUUGCCCUGCCCGGUCAUUGAGGACCUUCCAUCCUUCCAAAGGCAGGAGGUGGAGGAUCUCUGUCCCAGCACCAGCAGCUCGGCCCACUCACCAUGGGACAGCAGCAGUGCCUGGGACUCGGACAGCAGUGAGGCUGAUGGACACUUCUGGUUUGUUCCAGUGACCACCAGGGUCUCGGAGGAGGAGGAGGAACGAGUGAAUGUGGUCACAGUCCUCAAAAACAUCCAAGAGCAGCUCCAGGGCCGAGAAAAGGAGCUCAUUCAGGAGCUUCUGGAUGACUCUCCACCCAGCGCAGUCCUGGCCAACUCCCUGAUUGCUGCGGGCAACCUCAGCUACCAAAACCCUCUUGCCUGCACCAUGACACCUGCCCUUGAGCCAGAGCUGGAGACCCACUUCCUUCGAGCUGCCCUGCAUGCAGUCUUCACCCUGGGCACGGAGAAGGACACCACCCAAGUCCAGGAUCUGCAUAGGGUCUUGCCAGACCUCCUGGACGCCAUGCUGGGGAACCUGCUGGCAGAGUCCCCAGACCCCGACAGGCUCCACUACAUCUUGGAGCAUAUUAACUACUGCAUCGUGUCCAGGGUGUCACGAGAGAGAGGCAGGAGCAGCACGGCCCUCCUCAGAUCCAUCAUCAGCCUGUCUGAGUUUGAGGUUUACCUCCAACACAGAAAGAUGACUUUCGACAAAACUUUAAAACAAUUCAUCACUAUAAGCCCUGCCAUUACGAGGGCUGGUAUGGUAGAGGUUACGGCUACUGUAGGCCAUGGUGCUACCAAAGGCCAUACAGGUGUGGUUGGGACUAUCCCAAAGGUUGUUGGUACCCUUAUCCUUGCCAUUGGGGCUCAGGGUAUGGCUAUGGAAAAGGUUGGCCAUGUUUCGCCCAGGGGAAUAGACCCCGAACGUGGAAAGACCAGGAAAUAUUAAGCAAGAUUCACAGAUGAGUUUAUGGACAAUAAGUUUGAGAAAUGCUGAGUGACCUCCAACUCGCAUGGGGGCUGUGAGUGCUCAGUAUCUCAGUAAAUCUGCCAUAUCUCUAUUGCCUACGUUACAUUCGAUGACUGUUUCCUCUACUGCCUUCCAUAUGCUCUGCUUCUUCUAGAAUAACCUGUUUAGGCAUGAAUCUCAAUUCCAUGAAGGCCUCUUUAGAUUACGCUGAUACAGUAAAUGAAGCAGGCUCCUUACAAAGCUAUGCAAAGGGAUCUUAGUGUCAAUGAGAAUCAAGCCCUACGUGUUUUAGUCCUUUCACGCAUAUGUACCAUUUUUUUCUGCUUUCAACUUUGCUUUAUAUGUUGUUUACUGGAGAAGUAGUUUCAUCCUUGUUUUUAGUUGUGUUGUGUCUCAUUUUGAUUCUGACUCUAAUGAAAGUAAUACCUUAAAAUGGUUGCAAACAGGACUUGAUUGUCAAACUCUACAGCUGUGAUGAAGAACCAAGAACAUCUGUUUUGAAAUGCAUCAGCUUGGAGCCAGUGAUUCAUUGUAGACCUUCUUGAUACCUUGGAGAUACUAUUUU